CCAAGGCGUCGAGUCGCCGCGCGGUUUUGCCUCUUUAUAUUCUCACAGCAGUUUGAAGGUAGUCAAUCGGCGAUACUUGAAAAUUAAUCAUGGGCCGAAAUAACAGAUGAAAGAGAAUGAAGUCGCAACGAGACUACACACCACAAUAGAUGUGCUUAAGCACAUCGGGGCAAAAAUUCGGGUUUCUAAACCUACAUUGGUGGACGAAAUGUAGUGGAGCACACGAAUUUCCAACAAAACCCUGAGAAAGGAACCACUUGGAGAACGCUUCCCAUGCGUGGAACGAGUCGAUUCAACAAGUGCUCGCAGACAUCUUUGGCCGACAACUGACUCGAGCCAAAUCUCAAGCCUGAAUAAUGUCGCAGUAUAAAGCGUAUGAUAACGUCGAGGGUGUAUAGCAACAUUCUCCUGGGAGGUGACGACGCUCAUGGACGUACCCCUGUUUCCGACGCCACCGGCGCGUAGGGGCGUCACGACACCCCUCAGUGACGUGCCGGACGUCGCGACGCUACCACGCGCUCCGGUAAGCGUCGUGUCGCCCGUUCGUGUACGAGAUGCCGCGCUCGAGCGGGAACCGACGUACAAAGGGUCCCCCUGCACCAGAAAGCGGCAUCGGGUCCGCAGGAACUCGAUUCAUCCGCGCGUCGCCCUCGUCAAAGAUGCUGCUCGCCGUCGCGUCACCGAGUUUUGUGUGAGAAUGUCGGAACGUCGUGCUAAACACGACGAGGGAGACGACGACGACGACGUCGUUUGCGGUAUCCGUGCACCAACAACAAUAUCCGAAGAACUUGCGCCUCGUUUGAGAAACGGCAUAAUACGAACCAAGUGGGCAAAGUCCGUAGCCGUUCAAACCAUAAUAGGUUUACCAUUGCGAUUAAGAGUUUUACCGUCUCUCAGAGACAUUGAAGAAGAUAACGGGAAUGCAUCGAAUUCAAGGACCUCGAGAUUUCUGAAGUAUUUGAGAUUUAUGGGGCGAUUAGCAUUCUCGCAAUUUGGCCUACUGUGGUUGCUUGUAACGUGGACUAUGGCAGGCGCAGCGGCGUUUUGUGCCGCAGAAGGACCUCGCGAACGCGAACAAGUCAUACUACUGAAGAACAUGCAGAAAGACCUGGCAGUUGGUUUAGCUACAGAGCUGCGACAAUUGCGCACGGAACAGGAUCAAGAUGUAGAACCGUUAUGGAGCGACAAAGUUCGCCAGUACGUGGCUAAACAUGAGAAACUUCUUUUGGUCGCUGUCGCCUCCGGCUAUGGCGAAAGCGGUAAUAGCGGACAGUUAUGGACAUUUCCCGGUUGCGUGCUGUUUGCAAUUUCAUUAAUUACUACUUUAGGUUUUGGAGCACCAGUUCCACGUACCACCGCCGGCCGCACGGUUGGUGUAAUUUUCGCUGCUAUCGGCAUUCCCGCACAUUUUCUUCUUAUCCUGAAUUUCGGUUUAAUGACAGCCCUCCGUUUGCAAAGAUAUGCGAACGCUAAACGAAAUCUGCAACUCGACAACACGGAACCGGACUAUUCUAUGCCGAUGCCAAAAUGGGUCAAAAUUGUGCCAUUCGUUUUUUCAGCCGCUUACUACAUUUUGGGGGUACUGUGCUUCGGCAUAGCACGAUCGAGGCCGAUCGCAGCGAGCGUGCUAUUUCCUUUGGAUUUUACUGCAGCGGGCGGUCUUUCGACCAUCGUCGGUCACGUGCGAAUACUAUAUGGCCUGUAUUUGGAAGGUGCUGUUACUAUUGCAGCAAUCAUGGUAGCCGUAUUACAAGUAUCAGCAACGCAGAGCCUCACCAACAUCGGAUUGAAAUAUGGCUUACUGAUCGAGGCUUGAAGUUAUCCGGCACUGAUGCGGAUAAAUGCUGGCUGUGUUUCAAAAUUACUGACAGCAUUGAAAAUCUAUAGUAUACGUAACAUGAAUUAUAGCAUUUUAGCACUGGCAGUGAAUAACAGAACGCAAUAAUUAUUUUUAACGUUUUAUAGAUGAUUCAUCGAUACUUUUGUCAACUUUUUACGGAUUAUCAGGAUUUUAAAACUCUACUAAGGGAUUAUAUUCUCUUUGACUUACAUUUUCUUGAUACUUUGAUUCUCAAUGUGAUCUAUGUUAAUAACUACAAACUACCAUGUAUAAUAGGAAUUAUCAUUAAGAAAUAUCACACAUUACACGAAUACAAUAUUUUUUAGAAGCAUAUAUAAAUAGCAUUAUAUAAAUAGCAUUAAAAAAUUCAGGCUAUAAAGAGUUAAUAUCAUCCGUAAAAUAUUACCAUUAUUUGCCAAUAGAAAUUAUCUUUUAUAUUUUAACUGUAAUUUCAAGUAAAAUAAGCAAAUUAAACCGACACUUACAUAUUUAUUCUGAAUUACUGCGUUAACGUAUUACGUAAUAUAUAUACAUAAUCACGUAUAUAUAUUAAAAAUGUUGAGAUAGAUCUGAAAUGUAGAGAGAUUGUAUAUAUACAUGUAUAUUUUAGGCAAUAUACUUCUCAUUUCAUAAGCUGCAACGCGUUUUUGUAACAUAGAGAAACAUAUAUUAUCUCACAACUGAUUUCUUAAAUAUUUGCUGUCUUGCACCAAAAAAAUAUGUUAGUUCGUAUUUCCGUGUGUGUAUAUGUGCGCGCGUCCGGAUGUGUUCGUGUAUGUGCGUGUAUGUGUGAGAGAACAUAGAAAGAUAAUAUAAGUUCUUAGAAAUAUAUAAUCAAAAAGUGAAAUUGGGCCCAUGAGAGACUAAAGCACAAACAUAAGUAUAUAAUUAAC